AUGCAAACCAUUUUAACAAAACUAUUUUAGGAACUUAAAUUAUUUGUCUAAAAAAAACAAGAUUUAUAAUAAAAAUCAGGGUGAUGUAUAUUCAGUAUUUGUUUGUAAUAUCAAGAUCAUUAAACUUGGCCAAUUAAAGGAAAUUAUUAGUAGUUUGAAUUAAUUAGUUGAUACAAUAAAUCCUUAAGCUAUUGAAAAAAGUGAAUAAAACUUACAUCAGUAUAUGCAAGUUUAAUUUAAAAUAAUGGGGCUGAUUUAAAUUAAAAACUUCGUAUUGUUUUAGAUUAGAAACAUAAUCAAGUUAAGGAUUUAAAAGAAGAGAAAUUUCCGUAAUUUAAAAAAUUUGGCUAAUUAUAUCAACAAAUUUCAGAAUGACAUUUUAAUUUAAAUAAAUGGAUAGAUCCAAAACUAUAGAUAAUGA